AUGAACAAGCCCUUGACCAGGCAGUCAUACAUUGAUCAAUCAGGUUCAGUAGGCCCUCCUGAAAUCGUUCGAUUGGAGAAUUCACUAUCCACCCUGAUAGCAAUCAACAUUAUUUCAGGGGUUAUCAGUUUGCCAGUUGUUUCGUGUCUCCUAGCCUACGGAGCAGUGGUGUAUUGUCAGCGUCGCAGCCCGGGACAGAAGCUCAGCGUUGUGCAGCUCUCUGCAUUAGCGGAUAGAGAGUGGCUCAACCCUACCUUCUUUUUGUGCAAGAAACCCCUUCAAAUACCCUUCGUCCUAUGUCUUCCUAGCGGGCUUCGGUAUGAGAACAUAAGAGUUGUGACAUGUGAAGGCCAUCCCCGAAAUUUCUUUCAAGACAACAAGGGCUGCACUAGUGACGUCAACUACAACGACAGGAACAUUCAAGUCAUCGCUCGGAAUCCUGAUCCUGCAGUGUUGGAUAUCUGCCCGCACAACUUGGUGGUACAAAAGACAAAUUACAAAUUUAGGGCCAUAAAUAUUGGAAAGAUGACUCUCAAAAACACUUAUGGGGUGAUAGUCAGUCUCCAAAGUACGAAGAGAGAGCCCAAAACUAUUCUCUCUCCCAGCACUAUCGGGGCAACAGUCUUCAGGAAUGCUACUUUGUUUCGUCCGUUGCGAAUGGCACUUAAACUGGAAUUCAUUGCUAUCACGCCAGUUUCUCAAAAAGCUGAAAAGAACGACGACGACGACGAGUCGGAUGAAUCAGAUCGAGUGGGGUUUCCGAGACAAACUAGCGAGUUUAAUUACGUGCUGAAAUAUGAAAGCGAAUCAAGAAGAGGAUUGUUUGAGCUCCCCAUUAAUAUCAACGGAUUCAAUGCUGGACCUCUCCUGGACAAGUAG